AAUCAGAGGAGAUGGCGUUCCUCCUGCAGCACAUGUUGGGGGACAAACUGAAGAACAUGACCGGAGGAAGCAACGAAGGAGAGGAGAACGUGGACGGAAAAGAGACGGCGGCGUCUAAAGGAAUGAGCAGAGAAGAGUUCGAGGAGUAUCAGAAACAACUCAUCGAGGAGAAGAUCACCAGGGACAAGGAGUUUGCUACAAAAAAAGCAGAGCGAGCAAACUUACGAGUGCAGCUGCGGGACAAAUACAGAAUACCACAGAGCGCUCAAGACGAUGCCACCGUCCAGAUGGCCGGAGACGACCUGGACGUUCCCGAGGAGCUGGCGAAGAUGGUGGAGGAAGACGAGGAACAGGAAGAGAUGAACGAUUCUUUUAUGGGAAAACUCCAGAACAUGGACGUGGACUUUGAUUCGAUCAAAGCCAAAGCUCAGAGCACCAUGACGGAGGUGAAGCAGGCGGCGGAAGACAAAUGUGUCAUGAUGUGAUUAUUCAGUUAAGUACGGAUCUGAAAGAAUCUUUACUUAGUGUCUUCCUUUUGAUGACAAAUGAUAAUGGAAUAUUUUUCCCGAAUGAAAAUCCAGUCCUCAUUUAAUCACCCACAACCUGUGUGAAUUUUGUGUCAUACAGUUUUGCAAUGACACAAAGGUGACUGAAUAAUGACUGAAUUUUCAUUUUCGAGUGAACUGUCCCUUUAAGAGGGUAAUAGUUCAAUAGGCUAUCGAGCUCAAUACAUGCUUCAGCCAAGUAGGACAUUCUCUGCUUUUAAUUACAAUCAAACAUAGUCCAAACUUACAUCAGAGCUCUAAAAUCUAAUUGAGCUAGACUCAGAUCUUACCUGGAUGAACCAUGUAAAGCAAUGCAAAGCUGUGGAGAUCUGCUGUUUUUCUGAAAUCUUUAGGCAUCUUAAUAUAAUGUUUCUUCAUCUGAAGUAGCUUGCACUAAUGAAACAUUAAAAUGAGGAGUCGUGUGAACAUGCUAUUUUUUUUAUCAUUUAAUUAUUAUUUAUAAUUUUUUUUCCACAUUACGGUAAUGAUAAGUUACAUAACAAAUGUGCAUAAUUUUCAAAAAAUAAUGCAAAAAUGCAAUGCAGAAUUUAAAAAAAUAUAUAUAUUUUUUUUUUUCUUGUAAAUUUUUUUUUCUUGUAUUGACCUGACUCUUUUCUCUUAACAUAUUGAUUGGUUGAAGUCCACAAUUUGUUUGGGAAUUGUUUUGCAUA